GACGAUGUUGGAGUCUUCUCAUUUCGGUGAUGACUCUUCCAUGGCGGAGCAUACUGUUGCUUUCGGAGUUAGCGCCUCAAGGCCGCAAGUUAACAUGAACCGCCAGAGACGAGGCGCUCCCACGAUCUGGGAUCCAAACGUGGAAAAAGUCUGCCCUUUUGGAGCCACGACCUUGAAUGAUUUUGUCAAAGAAACUGGAAUUUGGGAUUUUCUCGGUCCUGCGAUUCGUG